AUGGCGGUGUCCUUGGACAUAAGGAACGCAUUCAACACCCUGCCCUGGUCGGUGAUUGCGGGGGCGCUGGAGUAUGACGGCGUCCCCGCGUACCUCCGCCGGCUGAUCGGCUCCUAUCUCGAGGACAGGUCGAUCGUAUGCGUCGGACACGGUUACGUGAUAGAAAAGCGGUUGCGAGAUGAAAGUGAGAUCACCCAAAACCAGUUCGGGUUCAUGCCUGGUCGCGGGACAACGGACGCCAUAUUUGCACUACGCCAAGUGUGCGAAAAACAUCGCGACGUGCACAGGAAUCUGCAUAUGGUGUUCGUUGAUCUAGAAAAAGCGUACGACCGAGUACCUAGAGCAGUUUUGUGGUGGGCAUUGAAUGAGAAAGGUACACCUGGUAAGUAUGUGAGGUUAAUCUGUGCCAUGUACAGUCGAGCCAGGACGUAUGUACGAACCGCCGCGGGGAAUUCCGACGAGUUCAAUGUGGCAGUGGGCUUACACCAAGGAUCUGCACUAAGUCCCUAUCUCUUCCUGCUUGUGAUGGAUGCCUUGACAUCGGAGAUACAGGAAGAGCCUCCUUGGUGUAUGCUGUUUGCCGAUGACAUAGUGCUCGUCGGAGAAAACGGGCUCGAGGUCCAAAACAUACUGGAGAAAUGGCGAUGCAAGUUGGAGAGUGUUGGCCUAAAAAGCAGCAGAUCGAAAACCGAACAUCUGUUCUGUGAUUUUGGUGGUCUCUCCAAUUUUACACCCAUUUCCCUCGACGGAACACCUUUGCCACAACAUAUCUUGUCCACUUUGUUCGCACACAAUCACAAGUUGAGUGCAUGCAACAUCGUUGAUGUUGAUCGCACAAGCGGACUGGAGCUCAACGGUACACUUAAUUUAGAAGUAACGGACAACUUUGUUUACCUGGGCUCCAACAUCAGCAACAAUGGCUCUUGUGAACCGGAAAUUCGCAGAUGGCUUGGGAUGGCAAAAGGUGCCGCCAUGUCUCAGCUGGACAAAAUAUGGAAGGACAAAAAUAUCUCUAUGAACACCAAGAACAAUCUAGUCCGCACACUAGUGUUUUCAAUAUUCAUACACGGAGCAGAGACAUGGACAAUAAAGAAAGCUGACCGCAAUCGGAUUGAUGGCUCGGAGUAUGUUGGGUAUUCCCUGGACCGCACGCCGCACCAAUGUAUCCAUCCUAGCUCAGCUCAAAAUCCAGACUAA